AUGACAAAAUGUAGUAGUGCAGCUGUAGGUAGCCCGCUACCCAUGAAGUGUAACGAUCCUGGCAGUUUUACCAUUCCAUAUUCCAUAGGAGGGAAAAACUUAGAGAUUGAAGAAGAGCUUGAUAAGAUAGCAGAAGGACCGGAAGAUGUGACUGAUCCUGUUGAAAAAAUACAAAAAGAAGAAUGCAAGUCGUUACUUCCGUCCAUCGUGGAACCACCCACUUUGGAGCAGAAGCCAUUGCCGUCGCAUUUGAAAUAUGCGUAUCUAGGGGAUAAYGACACUUUACCAGUUAUUWUARCUUCCAAUUUAUCACCUACUAAUGAAUAUUCUUUAUUGCAGAUUUUGGAGAAGCACAAAAAGGCCAUUGGAUGGACGAUAGCAGAUAUCCGAGGGAUAAGCCCGGCCUUUUGCAUGCACAAAAUCUUAUUGGAAGAAGAUGCUAAGAACUCUAUUGAAAGUCAAAGGCGGUUGAACCCGAAGAUGAAAGAGGUUGUAAGGAAAGAAAUUCUUAAAUGGCUUGACGCCGGUGUUAUAUACCCAAUAUCCGACAGCAGCUGGGUAAGCCCAGUACAGUGUGUACCAAAGAAAGGGGGUAUAACCGUGGUGGCCAACGAGGAGAAUGAGCUCAUCUCAACCCGAACUGUGAGUGGGUGGAGAGUUUGCAUUGACUAUCGCAAASUCAACAAGGUAACGAAGAAAGACCAUUUUCCUCUACCGUUUAUUGACCAGAUGCUCGACCGUCUGGCAGGUAAGGAUUUCUAUUGUUUCUUAGAUGGAUAUUCGGGUUWUAAUAAAAUUACUAUUGCUCCAGAAGACCAGGAGAAGACAACAUUUACGUGUCCGUAUGGUACGUUCGCUUUCAGGCGAAUGCCCUUUGGAUUAUGCAAUGCACCCGCGACUUUUCAGAGGUGUAUGAUGGCCAUAUUUUCUGACAUGGUAGAAAAUAUUCUAGAAGUUUUUAUGGAUGACUUUUCUGUUUUUGGAAAUUCUUUUGACGCAUGUUUAGUUAAUUUGGAGAGACAAGGAAUAGAGGUAGACCACGCUAAGAUAGACAUCAUUUCAAAGCUACCUCCUCCCACGAAUGUUAGGGAAAGUUUUUUAGGGCAUGGGGGAUUUUACCGCCGCUUUAUAAAAGACUUUGCUAAAAUUUCUAAACCCUUGUGUCAAUUGUUAGAACAUGAUAGACCAUUUGUUUUUUAUGAUGACUGUUUAAAAUCAUUUGAAAUGUUGAAAGUUGCUUUAAGUUCAGCCCCUAUAAUUAUCGAACCUAAUUGGGAUUUACCUUUYGAGCUCAUGUGUGAUGCYAGUGAUUAUGCAAUAGGAGCUAUGUUAGGACAACGUAAAAACAAGAUCUUGCAUCCUGUGUAUUAUGCUAGUAAGACUCUGACCGGUGCACAACUCAACUACACUACUACUGAAAAGGAACUGUUAGCAAUUGUGUUCACCUUUGAUAAGUUUAUCUACUUGAUAGGCACAAAAGUCAUUGUUUUUACUGACCAUUCUGCUUUAAAAUAUUUAUUUGCUAAAAAAGAUGCGAAACCACGUUUGAUACGGUGGAUUUUGUUACUUCAAGAGUUUGAUAUUGAAGUUAGGGACAGGAAGGGUACUGAAAACCAAGUUGCUGAUCACCUGUCUAGAUUGGAAUCCCCGCUCUGUGAUGAUGGAACUGUUAUACGUGAACAGUUUAUUGACGAGCAACUCUUGCGAGUUGAUUCAGUUCCAUGGUAUGCCGAUAUAACAAAUUAUUUGGUAAGUCGAGUAGUUCCUUAUGAGUUUAACAAGCAACAGGUAAAGAAACUUCUAAAUGAAGUUCGAUUUUAUCGUUGGGAUGAACCUUUUUUAUAUAAGCUAGGACCUGACAAUAUCUUACGCAGGUGUGUAGCAGAAGAAGAGCACGAGGUUUGUGRCAAAUGCCAACGAACAGGUAAUAUAUCUAAACGCCACGAAAUGCCUCAAACCCCGAUCCUGGAGAUUGAAAUAUUUGAUGUGUGGGGUAUAGAUUUUAUGGGUCCAUUUCCAUCUUCUAAUGGUAGGCUUUAUAUAUUGUUAGCAGUAGAUUAUGUUUUGAAAUGGAUAGAAGCCAUUGCAACUGCUACCAAUGAUUCUAAAGUUGUCAUUCGUUUUUUGCAAAAGCACAUUUUUACGCAUUAUGGAACCCCACGUUGUCUGAUAAGCGAUGGAGGGGCUCAUUUUAUGAAUAGGUCUAUGCAAAAGUUGCUGGCUAAAUACAAUGUGCGUCAUAGGGUUGCAACAACAUAUCAUCCUCAGUCGAAUGGGUUAGCCGAAAUAUCUAAUAGGGAGAUAAAAAACAUUUUAGAAAAAACUGUAAAUCUUAACCGUAGGGAUUGGUCUUUGAAGCUUGAUGAUUCACUUUGGGCAUAUAGGACAGCAUUUAAGACUCCCCUCGGCAUGUCCCCSUAUAGGCUAGUYUUUGKAAAAGCAUGUCAUUUGCCUCUUGAGCUAGAAUAUAAAGCAUUUUGGGCUACUAAGAAAUUAAAUUUUGAUUUGUCGGCUGCAGGURAAGCGAGGACGUUACAAUUGUUGGAAUUAGAARAACACAGGCAAUUUKCUUAUGAGAAUGCUAAGYUGUUUAAGGAAAAAACUAAACAGUGGCAUGAUAGGCAUCUUCGACCGAACAAUCUUCAAGAAGCUAGUGUUCAUCCUUAUGGAAUGCCCAACCCAUCUACCCUAUUUCCUAGCCUUCCACCUUAUUAUGGAAUGGGUCAUUGGGUACCUCCACACAAUUAUGGGAUGAUUUCACCUAGGGUUCCCCYACCACCUCAACUUCCAUUCCUAGAAAGAGGACCUCAAGCACCMCAAUUGAACCCUAACAUAUUGAGUACCUUCAACMUGGGACACCUAAAACCCKUAGAGCCUCCUAKGAUGCCAAUCCCAACCAAUAUGYCAAUGGAURCAAGAGUUGAGCAUGGAGGAGAGYAAGAGAAGAGCCAURGCCARAGGCUAGAGCCYGKGGUYUCGAUAGGGCAAAAGAGGAAGGGCAAGGAGGUGAUGACGGACCCAGAAAUUGCGGAWGAUGGGAGUAGUAGGCGUCUGACGCCUAAGGAUUCAUCUAUGGAGAACAGGGAUGAGGAGCAGUUUUAUUCAUCUCCAUUGAUUAUUACACCGGGAGAUGGUAAUGAUGAUUUUCUAYUGGUUUCACGAGGCAAUUGUUCAAAUAUGCCGGAAACAGAGGAUACCGAGAACGAAGUGGUGAGAACAGAUACUCAGGAACCUUCCCCAUUGGAUACACCUAYAGAAGGAGCAUUUUGUAGUCACCAAGCGUUGCCUACUGGGGCAACUGGAUCUACUCCGUUGGCAACRRAUGAGUAURUCACACYGAUGGCCACUCUACCAGGGGUAAGGGAUGCUCACRCUAUUCCUUCUAAUGCAGUUAACCCRCUUKAGUGUGAKACAGGUAGAUMCAAGGUUGGRGARAAUAGUACUCAAGAAYCUAYCAGAGAAGAAGAUCCUGAGGACACGCAGACGAUAAGGGAAAUGUUYCAAUACAAGAGGCGGGAGAMAAAGAGUUCAAAACGUCGUGCAGUUCAGRCUAAKAAGCCGACAGUGCCCAUGAAUGAACCUAAAACGAGAGCUGCGAAAGCUAAAGCAGCUGAAGCUAAAAAGAAGGUAGUGGCACCUGGGCCAGUUGAUCCAAUCGAACUAGACUUAUCUGAGGGCGAGAAGGUCGAGACGACAUGGAACGCGGCGAAUUUAGCCACUCGAACUUCAUUAAUGAAAUUCCAUAAGAUUAUGACAGAAUUGGGAUUCGACCUCACUCUAGGAGAUGUGCCUGAUGAUUGGAGGGACACCGCUAGAGCUAAAGAAUGGAGACCACUCAUUCAGCCCAUACAAUGUGAGGCUUUGGAGUUAGUCAGAGAGUUCUACGCUGCUGACCAUCCCCAGUCACAUAUAGCCAUAGUGCGUGGGAAGGAAAUAAGGUUUGAUGCCACUCAGAUCAACUACACCUUCAACAUUAAGAAUAUCAAAGAUGCUGUGGGAAAUAAGAUGUUAGUGACUCCGACUCUAGAAUAG